GGAUGGGUCAGCUGGAGGCGGGCGGGGCCGAGGAGCUGGAGUGCGGCAUCUGCUGCCAGCCUUACGACUGCUGCGGGCGCGCGCCGCGCCGGCUCGGGAACGCGCGCGGCUCCUGGAAGCCCUCGCAGUGCCGCCACGUGCUCUGCAGCGCGUGCGCGUGCCGGCUGGCGCGCGAGGGCGGCUGGGACGAGGUCACGUGCCCCUACUGCCGCACCGUCACGCCCCUCCGCGAGCGGGGCAACUUCCUGGCGGCCGGCGUGAGGCGGAGCAGCGGCUACGGGCGACGCCGCCUCGUCCUGCCGCCCAUCGACACCGAGCUCUGGCAGCGCGUCGUCCUGGCCGAGCGCGAACGGCAGGAGGCGGCCUGGCUGGCGGGCGAAGCUCCCGGCGAGGAGGACGACGGCGAGGCCGAGGACGAGGCCGGGCAAUGGCGGCUCUGGAGGGCCCUCAAGAGGAUCCUGAAGGGAGGCGCCGGCCGCACUGCGCAUGCGCCCAGGAGAAGCCGCUCCGUCCCCGCGCGGCGCAGCCAGCCAAUCAACCCCGAUGUGUCUGAUAUGAAGGACUUGACGGUCAUGUCCUGUUAUGUCAUCUGAGGACUAGAUGGUCCCAAUGCAAUUCCUGAUCUUCUGCAACCGAAGAACAGAGCUAACUGAUAACCUGUGAGCUUUGACACAGCCAACAUUUUGUGAUGAGCUCUGAGUUGAAUGCCGGUUCCUCGCAGUGUGCAGGUUGGUCGUCUGGUCAGCAUCCAGCAGAGGUUUUUUGUCUACUUUAAAAAUUAAUCCUCAUUCGCCGAAUGGAGGCUGGUGGACUUCCGUGACUCAGGAAUUAUGGACUGUGAUGUGGGCUGCUGCUUUUUCCGUGAUGUGGAAUGGCCCAGAAGAAAGAGAAGGUGGUAGGAAGAGAGGAACAGACUUGACAGAACACAUUAGGUCCCGUGGGAACUGGCAUCCCUGCUGUGCUAAAUCAGAAACAUUGCAACUGUUCUUGCCUUCUAAUAUGUCGGACGUUCUGAAGCAGCAGACUUUCCCCACAAUGUAUUCUGCAUCUCUAAAACACCCUGCCACACUGGCAGAUUUCAAGAGACAGAUGUGGAUUGGGACCAUAUGGCUAUGACACGGCUCAUAAGAACAACUCAAAGGCAUUUUGUAUUUCUACUGUGAACUCACCAUUUUUAUGAAAUGUGGGUGUUUGGAGGAGCUGGAAACAGGCCUCAUUGCAGUCUAUGAUAUUUGGCUUUUGCCUUUUUUUGCCUUCCAAAUGAAAAAAACUUGUUUUAUGUUCAGCAUCCUUUUUUCAUCCUUGUGGGGUUAAAAAACAGCCCUGUGUUCAUCAUUAUUAUACCUACAGUUAGCACGACAUUCAAGACAGGCCUCUGCUCCGAUGAGCUUAUACUUGAAAACAUGUUCUAAUGGAGAAAGGGAAAGGAGAGGAGCUACUUUCCACAAAAAGCCUUUAUGGAGAGAGGCUUGAAGGCAGUUGAGGGGGUGACAGGAGGUAGUUCUGGGCAUGAGGGGCAGAGUCGUUGGAGGGAGCAGAGUACUGUCCCAAGGCUGAAGGUGAAAGGCCCCAGGUGGGCACGUAUUUGAAGGUGGGCACACAAGUAACAAAGCCAUGGGGGGUUUUGUGCUGGAUCUGAGCAUGGGAGGAUUGAAGAAAAGCGGUGAAUAAUUGGUAGCCUUAUGCUGGAUAGAAGGGCAGCCAGAGAACAGUUUUUGUUGAGAGGUUCUGUUUUUGCAGUGCUGUGAAGGAAGCAGCAGCAUAACUGGAGAAUGGGGGAGAAAUCAGAGAACAGUUGGAAAGAAGACAAAGGGGGGGGGGUGGAAGGAGAUGCUGAUGAUGAAGGGAAGAAUAGCAAAGUUCAGGCUUGGACACAUUGCGUUUAAGAGAUUCUAGAGGAAACCUCAACAAGGCAACUGGAAAUGUGGGCAGGAGGCAAUCCAGGGCAGAGAGGUAUAUCUGGCCGACAUUAGCAUGUUUGUGGUUUAGAAAACCUUUAGUGGCUUCUUUGGCACAUCCUGCUAACAGUGGACUGGGCCAUUUUGGUCAAAGCACCCAAUUUAUUGAGGGGUGAAAGGCUAAGCCAGGGAUCCGCAGUAAAAUACUAGUUUGGCCAGAAGUCAGGUGACCAAGGUUUUUUGCUAGCCAGGAAAAAAGCCAGCUCUGAAAUCCAAUCCCCAAUGCCUGCACUGGCUUUGUCCAUACUUUUCCCUACCAAGUGCCGCAUUCAUUAUAAGCUACAGGGUGGAUUCUGUUAUGGAAAUAAUCAUUUGGAAUAAAAUGUGUACAGAGAAGACCCUGUUUCCUGGGAGCAGUAUUGUUUCAUGGAAGGUUGUUACAAAUGCUCUUAUUUUUUAAAGAAGCAUUUCUGUGAAAUGUGUUCUUUAUUUGAUAUUUAUUGUUUUAGGCAUUUUCCAAUUAAUAUUUUGUCAGUUGUAACUUAUUUAAUUUAAAUUAAAACCUUUGAAAUGUU